GCAAGGAUGCAAUCGUGUAAAAAAGCAAUUCUGGUUCUGUUGUUCCUUGUGUUGGCAAAACUUCAGCAUGAAUCGGAUGCCCAGUCUCUUCGAACAGUGACGAGAAAAUGGUGUGACGGCCAAAGGUUUUACUUAAGAUGCCAAGGAACGAUCAAUAUAGUAUCAAGUAACUAUGGACGAACAAGCAGGAGUGUUUGCGCUUGGCGUAAAACACCGCAGCAAAUUGCCAAUACCAACUGCAGGGACGGAGGUGCCACGUUAGGCCCCAUAAAGACAUUGUGUAAUCGGAAGAGUAUGUGCACAUAUCCGCUCCCGGUUGGUCCAAUUCCACCCUUCGGAGACCCAUGCCGGGGUAUUGCUAAGUACCUUGAGCUUAAAUAUCAAUGCAUACCACCGCCGACGCCACCAACCAUUGGGCCGCCAAAGAAAAAGACGGCAUGUCGUAACAAAUACGCAAAGGCCGACAUUUAUUUCAUGAUAGACGCAUCCGGGAGCGUAGGAACCCAGAAUUUUGUCCAUCUUCUUCGCUUCACGAACACAUUAAUCAACAGCUUGUCAAUCGGCCAGAAUACCAUCAGGGUGGGCGUAUUUAGGUUCGAUCACCGUACCACGCUCAUGUUCCCCCUCAAUCGACACUACACGAAGACAGCCCUGAGGAAUGCUGUUAGGUACAUCCCGUACACUUAUGGUGGAACGGGCACAUCAUUGGUGUUACAACAGAUGAGGACAGUCGGCUUUACUGCAAGAAAUGGUCACCGGGCUGGAGUUCAGAAGAUCGGAAUCCUUAUCACCGAUGGUAUUCCGCGUAGCGUUCCAAACACGCUGAGACAGGCUACCCUCUGCAAACAGGGCGGAAUAACACUCUAUUCAAUUGCCGCCCAAACUCCAGCAUAUGCAAAGGCAUCGAUCAGAGCCAUAGCAUCGGAUCCUAAGAAGGGGCAUUCGUUCGUGUUGGACAAGUUCACCCAAAUGACUAGUAAGGCGCCUCCUAUUGCCAAGAGAAUAUGCGGCACUGUCAACAAGAAGAUCCCAACGACGCCACCGCCGCCGACAACAACGACAACGACAACAUCGACCACGACUACGACUACGACCACGACUACUACUCUUCACUACUUCUCUGCGUCCACCUCCGGAAUAAUCGCGUAUCUGCGACCGCCAACAAUUUUGUGCAGUCCCUGGCUCCUAAAUGUGAAAUUCAAAAUGCGCUGAUCUUCAACUAUGAAAUAACGAUAAUGACAAAUGCUGGUAGUAAAGAGCAUUUCGUCCAGAUGUUCCAAGCCACAGACGGCGUAUGUCAAUGUGUACAUGUAGGUCACCGACCAGAGACCCGCCGCAAAAAACUGCGUUGACAAGGCCAACCGUUCUUCGUGGGUUUCAUAAAGCAAAGACGCAUCUACUCUAUACGCACAU